UCGAAGAGGCGGUUACGGUUGCAAUUGGCCACCUUUUUCUAUAUCGCAUUGUAUAUCUCCCCACUCAGCACAUCGCAGAAAAGAAGCGACAGCAUGAGCGGACAAUCAGCACUGAUGGCCAACCUGGCCGAUGUGGUCAAGGAGGCCAAGGACGAGGAGAUCCCGAUGCCCAAGUCGAACGACUUCUUCGAGUCCAAGACCUUCCGCCUGCUCACCUUGAUGCUCUACAUGGGCGGCGUGAGCGGUAUGGGCUUGACUUUGGCGGUCUACUACCUGUUCAUCUGGGACUCCCGCAUGCCGCCGCUGCCCGUGUUCAAGCACACGCAUCCAAUUGGCUAGGAUCGGACGGUGAAGGGCAGCUAGUCAGCCAGUUAGUUAGCCAUCUCCCAGCUACAUCAGUGACCGGAAUUGGAUAAAAUUGUGAUACCCGAAAAAAUAGCCAUUCG